AGGCUGUCAAUGAAAACGUAAGAAUGUGGGGGUGACCACUACUUAGUUUAUUACUCCUCUCCUAUGCGCUCUAAGUUUUUAGUUGGGAGGUUUCAUAUCACAUUUCUUCCCCGAAAGCCACAUCUGAACUACAUCAAUACCCUCUUCACCUACAUUCUCCCAACCAUCAUCAUAAUGAGCUCUCUUCUUCAUAGUUUUCAGAGCAAGGAAGCUCUGCCAAUGUCGCAACCUGCCGAAGAAACCGGACGAGAAGGACUUGGCGUCCGCAAAAGGCUGUCUGCUCUCUCCUUAAGGAUGAACAUGCGCACGAGGUCUGCUUGCCAACAACCCAUCCUCUCAUUCUACUCCACCUCCACCAACUCCUCCUCUUCAUGGGCAUUUCGCCGAUCCAAAUCCUUGUCGUUUUUAUCGGCCGGAGUGGGAGAAUACGCUGGCAGUUCCAUUAGGAAAUGGUGGGAGUGGGGAGUGGGCUGGAUUAUGUCCAAGAAGCCAACGUUUGCCGAUGAUCUGGAAAUGAACGAAGAGGAGAAAGCCGUAUUGGGAUGUCACAGCAAGGGCAGCUGGAGGCACGUCUUUUACAAAGUAAGGUCGGAGCUGCGAAGGCUGGUCCGAUCCGGCAACAACGUGGGUCUACCUCAAACCUUCCGUUAUGACUCCUUCAACUACUCCAAGAACUUCGAUGACAGCAAGCCUAACUUGUUCAGCAACAACUGAUCAUGGAUAUGCCUGCCCUUUCUUCUGGAAGCUAGCUCCUUUUGUGAUGUUGGUUCAUUCAUUCAUUGAUUUCAAAAUUGUUCAUAGAUUCAAGUGGUUGCAAAAUAACUAAUGUAGAUCGGAGUUAAAUGUCUCAUAAUGCAGCCACGUUAGUGCUAUUCUAUCCAUGUUAAGGGUAAUAUUGCAGCAAGUACGUACGUAAAUGUAUAAAUCAGUAUAAAAGUGAAUUAAUUCAUAGCGCUCCUGGAGGCAUCAUCUUCAUCAUACAGUCGAUUGGUCAGCAGCUACACUACAGCCACAUAAUGCUAGUUGAUUGAACGUGAAUCCAAUGCCAGCCUGAGCAUGUCCUUGUAUUAUUUUUUUGUUUUCUCCUCUUCCUUGUCCUUGUAGUUCUUUUCACCAUUUUUGUGUUUCAUGUCAUAUUAUGUACUUUUCUCCAUUUGAUUUAUGCAUAAAUAUAGAUUUUGUUGGCCAAAA